UGCCCUUCCUCCAUUAAUUUUAGCGACUGGUUUCCGCCAUCUCUCUCUCUCUCUCCCUCCCUCCCUCUCUCCAUUAACAUUGACUUUAUCGCUUCUCUCUCUUUAGCUUCUUGAAACCCUUUGUUUCUCUGAGAUCAAUUAUGGUUUGAUUUGUGUACACAGACAUAUAUAUAUAUAUAUAUAUCGAUAUAUAUACGUCUCGUUUGAUCUAUUUUCGCCAUUGCUAGGUUAUUUUCAGAGUCUGGAAUUCGUCGACACCAAUCGUCUAAUUUGAUCUGUUUUUUGAUAUUCGAGUAUCAUUAGCCGGACCUUUUGUGUUCAAAGUCGAUCGAUCUUCAAUAUACAGUGAAAAUUGAUACAUUUCUGGUUGAUUCCAUUUUGGUAUAGUGUUUACCCUGCCUAGGGUUUUAUAGGAGGGUGGUGAUUUAAGGGUUUUUGUUGUUUUGGGGUCGUGAAGAUGUUGGGGGCUGGGUUGCAGUUCGGACGAAGUCGUGGGGAUGAUCGGUUCUACAAUUCGGCCAAGGCUCGAAGGAACAAUCAGAAUCGGCAGAGUCAAGAUGAUCUUCGCCGAGCUCAGAGUGAUGUGACUGUGCACAGUCAAUCUCUUUCGGUGAAGGACAAGUCUGUAGUUUCGUCGACGAAUAGAGAGCAGGAAAGCCGAGAGGGGUUCGAGGAGACUCCUAAUCCAGUGGCCACUCCGCCAUUGGUGUCCCCUUUGUGUAAUCUUGAAAGGUUUUUGGAUUCGAUUACGCCCUCUGUUCCUGCGCAGUAUCUCUCAAAGACAACUAUGAGGGGGUGGAGGACUUGUGAUGUGGAAUUUCAACCACACUUUGUGCUCGGUGAUUUGUGGGAGUCAUUUAAGGAGUGGAGCGCUUAUGGUACAGGAGUGCCGUUAGUUUUGGAUGACAGUGAUCGUGUGGUUCAAUACUAUGUUCCAUAUUUAUCCGCUAUCCAAAUAUAUGGUGAUCCUUCAAAGGGUUCGACAAAAUCAAGGCGACCAGGCGAGGACAGUGAUAGUGACCAUUUCAGGGAUUCAAGUAGUGAAGGAAGUAGUGAUUCUGAACAUGAGAGAUGCUUGAAUUACUUGAGAGAUCAACGAAAUCAUCACCAUUUAACGAGUGAGGUUCCUCUUAGAAUGGAUCGAUUAUCCUUGAGAGACCAGCAUGCUGCCCUUCAAGAAGAUUGCUCUAGUGACGACGGUGAAACUGGUCUUACUAAAAAAUGCCUGCUUUUUGAGUAUUUGGAACGAGGCCAACCAUACGGUCGUGAACCUCUGGCUGAUAAGAUAUUGGAUCUUGCACGCUGUUUCCCUGAGUUGAAAACACUAAGAAGUUGUGACUUGCUAUCUACCAGUUGGAUUUCAGUGGCCUGGUAUCCCAUUUACAGAAUACCAGUGGGACCAACAUUAAAAGAUCUGGAAGCGUGCUUUCUGACUUUUCAUUCUCUUCAUACGCCUAUGUCAGGCUCGCAAUGUGCUCAAGCCCCAGUUAUGACUCAUCCCCACGAGAUAGAUGGCGUCCCCAAGAUUUCAUUACCAGUAUUUGGUCUUGCAUCGUACAAGUUCAAGGCAUCAUGGUGGAUGCCUGAUGGGGGAUCUGAUCGACAAUUGUUGAACUCCCUCUUGCAGGCUGCUGACAAAUGGCUGACUCUGCUUCAAGUCAAUCACCCGGAUUUUCUCUUUUUCAGCCGUAGAUGAAAAUUCAUAGUUUGUUUUUGUUUGAAUUGAGAUGCAAAGUUUGUGUUGGUGUUUCCCUGGUUUUCCUGAUUUUGAAGAAAAGGAAAGGAAAAUGAAAAUUAAAAAAAUGGUCGGAAUUGAAGGAGGGAAACUAUAAAUAAGCAUCGAUGCAAAAUGACUUGGAGGAAAUAUAUAGUUAGAUGCAGCAGGGCUGAGCGAAGCCUGGGUAAGCUGUUGUUGGGCUUCUAUAACUAAUGUCAGCAUGUUUUCUUCUUGCUUGUUUUUUUCCCUUUAUAUAACAUAUAUAAAUUAUGAGAGAACAGGCUAUUUUUUUUGUUGUCCUGGUGAUCAGUACUUAGAAUUGUAAUAUUUUUAUUUUAAGGGGAUUUUGAUAGAGAGGAUGUACAAGAUUAUCAAGGUGUAGCUGCCCCAUGUUAUGUAUCCUAUCUCUUACGUUUUUGAACAUAUUGUCAGCUAUAUUAGUUGCCUCUGUAUUUUUGUUUUGUUCUGUA